UGUGAUCGUUAGUUUAUUGAGCAUUGACUUUGAUUUUUUGACUCGGAGCACAAUUCAGUUCAACUUAAACUACAUUGCACAUGUGCAAAUAGCGCGAAACGAUUUCACCAUGUAGAACCCCUUCUUCUGACAGCCACUGACUGCUACAGUAGUCAGAAUUUGGUAUAUCAGAUUCAGGUACAACAGACAAGAUGGUGAAAAGAAAUUCAAACACGCGAGCUCCUCGGCGGAGUAGCGGACGUACCAUUGGGCUUGAGUUAAUGAUGGAUUGUCAGAAUGAGGAUCUGUCACCAGCACAGCUCCAGUACAUGAAAAAAUGUCGUCUUGAAUUUGACAACGCCAUGGCCAUGAUUAAGGCUGCUCAAGCGAAAGCGAGGGCUGGGAAGGCGACAGUUUCUGUUCAGAAAGUUCACAUGAAAAACAUUCCACCACCCAAAACGAUGGGUACACCGCUAAAUCAACAGAAACAAGCUCAACGAUCCACAAGUCCUGACGUUAUCUUUGUGGGGGAGAGUCCGCCCCCUCCAACUCAAAAGACAACACAAAAGACUGUGACUCCUGCGCCCCAACCACAACCCCCACCUUUAUCCAAACCUCCAGUAAUCAGCAACAAUAUGCAGACAUCUGCCUCCAUGAUGACUAACGUUCAGUCUGGGGCUCCACAAUACAUCCUUAGGGGCAGCAACUUAGGAAACAACAUGCAAGGUCCCCUGCGUCUUGUCCCUAUCAGCUCUGUAAACCAGUAUCAUCAGCGGCCUCCAGUCCCAGUACAAUUCCAGGUGCCAAAACAGAAUGUUACAAAUGCUGUUGCUACCUCGAGGAAUUCUCAGUCUACGGCGAUGUCAGCAGCAUCCAUGCUUGUCAACAGUGCAAUCAUGGCUAAACGCCAUCUGGAAGGUACCCAGGACAGUGCCGGACCAGCUAAGAAAAAACUCAAGAAACCUGGGGAUGUCGUUGAUACAAUUGGAAGCUGGGUGCCCCUGGAUGAGUACUAUUAUGGUAAAAUGGAGGGAGAUCCUUCAUAUGUAGAGGAGAAAGGAGAAUACAGAUUCAAGUGCUGGUACUGCUCGAAGAUGCUGUACAAUAACAUUAAGGCCAUGAUGCACAUUCAAGGUCAUAUUGACAGUGGAAAACAACAUAACCUUGACCUUAGUGACCUCACUCAAUGUAAGCACUGUUACAAACAGUUUGACACGCCGUUUGAGAUGCAGACCCACGUAGAGAAGGUGCAUAUGAAUGGAGCAAAUGUUCUGCUGUGUAGGAUAUGUGAAAGGGAUCAUGAAUCUCGAAACGCUCUCACACACCACAUGCGACAGAACCAUAAUGCCUGUGAGAUGCCGUACAUCUGUCACCUGUGUAGUUUCAGGUCCUCAAUGUACAGUGAUGUGGUCGACCACUUUAAAAAGAAACAUGACAGUUCUCCCCACAUUCUGUGCCUGUACUGUCUAAAGGUGUUCAAGGUGAAGUUUGUGACCUUGGGCUGGGGUCAGACUCAGACAUAUUACGGCCAUCUCCUCAAGCACCAGUCCAAGGCAUCCACUAAGAAAUGUACUCUGUGUCGUCUCACUUUCUACAAUGUUCCAGAUGUCAAGGCGCACAAGAAAAAAGAUCACCAAGCUAAUCAUAAAGGGGUAUUAGGACCAAACAAUAGGUACUCUACACCUGGUCAAGUGAUGAUUAAGGUACCAGAGUCAGGUCUGCAGCCAAAACCACAGAGUGUGAAGUCUCUGAACGCCCCAGCAGUCAGUAAAGUGUUAGACUUUGGAGGAACUCGUUUCCCCACAGUGGUUAAUUAUCUAACCUGUCUGGAAUGUAAGAUGUCCAUGGGCACUCCUGACCACUUCAAGAAGUAUAUUGAGUGUUCCAUGUGUCGAUUUGCCACAAGUUGCAGCAUUGCUUAUGCCAACCAUAUGAUGGGAUUUCACUCUUGUCAAGUGUCCAGUCUAAAUCUUAACAUCCCCUGGGAACGUAGAAUGGAAUCUCCCAUGUAUUGUCUGUGUGGAUUCGGGUCAAGAUAUGGCAACAAAAUAGCUAACCAUCUGGUAUACUGUACCAAAAGGACAUGUUAUAUGGCCAAGCCUGACUUGCCAAUGUCUGAGGAAGGAGGAGAUGAAGAUAUGGACCCAAGGAGAAAACCUGGAGCGUCCAUCUUAGAUGUACUAGGUCUGGUGAAGAAGAGGACAGUGACACCUAAGGAGGAGAUUACACAUGAAGUGAUUAAACGUUCUUCAUGGGAAGACCCACCAGCGUUUACUAGUAUGAAGACCGAGGUCCCAGAUGUAGUUGACCCCACUCCUGCCCCCUCACAGAAAACGGAGACUGAAGAGAUCCCACCUGAAUUAACUGGAUCACAGAAAUGGACAACAGUUAAAAUCAAGGACUCGGCAGUACCAUCAAAGACCUCUGUUUUCCUAGGGGUGGAGGAUAUAAAGAUGGCUGAGGAAGAGGAUGAAGAUAUGGAUGUUUCUUUGUCCGAUGAAAUGAAGGCUACUUUACAAAAUAUUGUGGAUGACAACAUUAAUGAAACUAUAUUAGACACAAAAAACACAGAUGUGGACACUACAGAAGCUGACACAUUACAGUCUGAAAAUGUUUCUGCGGAAGCUGACACAUUACAGUCUGAAAGUGUGACUACAGAGGCUGUCACAUUACAGUCUGAAAGUGUGACUACAGAAGCUGACACAUUACAGUCUGAAAGUGUGACUACAGAGGCUGACAAAUUACAGUCUGAAAGUGUGACUACAGAGGCUGUCACAUUACAGUCUGAAAGUGUGACUACAGAGGCUGUCACAUUACAGUCUGAAAGUGUGACUACAGAGGCUGUCACAUUACAGUCUGAAAGUGUGACUACAGAGGCUGUCACAUUACAGUCUGAAAGUGUUACGGAUGCUGAGAUGUUAAACUCUGAGAAUGUUAGUAACAGUGCUGGUAAGUUAGAUGACAUUGUUAAAAACACAUCUGAAUCAGGUGUGAUAUCACCAGGUGUGACAGAUGAGUCAGAAAAAUCACCUGAUAGCUUGUUAGAGGAUGCCUGUCUAAGAGACGUUACAGAGAACAACCAGGAUGACUCAAAACAUUUAUCAGAAUCUGGAGCCGAAGACAGUGAAAGUUAUGUUAAAAAUAAAUCAAAUGAUGAUGUGGAUAAUUUAGAUGAUGAUGAAAUUAAUGAAUUAUUAAAGGAUGAUGUGGAAAAGAGUGAAAGAGUUACAUCCAAGGAUAAAAUGGAAGUAGAGUGUGAUUCUUUGGAUAAGGAGAGGGAACUAUUAGGAGAUUCCCAAACCAAGGGAGAUAAUUCUGAAAGGGACAGUAAUGUAGCUUCGUCCUCACAAAAGGAAGAACGGAAUGCUGCAUCAGAGGGAUCUUGGAAUCAAGAUCAACUGAAAUCAAAGACAGAAGAUACAAGUUCAACUGUAGACCAAGAUGUUGCAGAAUCUGAAUUUGAAAACACUACAGAGAAACAUAUGGAAGAAUCCUCAGAGGACAUUCAAAAGGCCUCAGUAAAUUCUAUGGAUAAUGAUUCAGUAGAUAGUAAAGUGGAAGACACUGAAGUUCUACCCUUGCCAGAAGUGAUUCAACAACCCGAACAGGAGUCAGAAAUUAAAGAUAGGGAAGAAACAUCUACCAUGGAACAGAUGGAGACAAAUGAACGCUCAGAUGAAACUGAAAACAAAGAUUUGUUAGAGGAUAAAAUGGAAGAGCAAUCAACAGAUUCUUUUAAGAAAAGUGAAGACAUCAAUGGUUUGUCAAGCAAGGGAGACAAUUCAUCUUCUGAUAGCAAGGGAGACAAUUCGUCUUCUGAUUAUAAGGGAGACAGUUCACCAAACAAGGGAGAUCAUUUGUCUUCUGAUGCUAAGGGAGACAACUCACUGGACAAGGGAGAUAAUUUGUCUUCAGAAGAAAAGAGAAACAGCUCGCAGAGCUCAAGAGAAAGCUCAUGUGCAGAAGGGAGAGAAGAUCACUCCAAAGGAGAUAGAAAAGUCAAUGAUAGUGGGGAUCACUACAGACAACACUCCAGGGACAGGGAGCGCUAUGACAAAGACAGAUCAAGAAAUAGAGAUUCCAGGUAUGAUGAUAGGGCAUCAAGAUCCGAUUACCAUGACAACAGGUCUCAAGGAAACCACAGGUCUUAUGGCGAUCACCAUGGCGACAGGUCACAUGAUCCCAAUAGAGACUGGGACAGAAAUCACAGCAGAUCUCACAAGGAGGACAGAAAUUGGAGACAUUCAGAUAAUAGAAAUUACCAUGGCAACCAGGAUCACCAUAGCUAUCAAGGUCACCGUGACAAUCGUAGUUACCAUGGAAACAGUCAGUAUUCUAGAGAUGGGCGAGAUGACAGGAGACAGGGAAGCUAUCAUGAUAAUUAUCAGUCUAAUAGAAACCAUGGCAGCUUCAGAGGUGGUCGUGGUGGCUAUGGAAACCGUGGAGGUUACCAGGGAAACUAUCGGUGAUGUGAUCAUUAAUUUGAUUCAUGACCGAUGAAAUUACUUGACAAAAGAAAACUACAACAUUUUUGACAUUAAGGAUCUCCACAAGUUGUUUUAUACAGCGUUGUUUAAGGAUUUUAUGUUUCUGGAGUCAUGAAGAAUCAAACUGGUUUCAGAAUGGCUAACAAAGACUAUAGGGCAAGAGAUACCUCAAAAAAGUCAUCAGGACACAUCUAGUAUGUAACAUACGUUUUAUCUGGUGGUUAUAGAAUUAAAUCUGGUCCUGGGACAUGUACGUUAAGUAUACAUUUAGUACACAUACUCUGGUACUAGAAGUAUACAUUAAGUAUAUAUACACUGGUACUAGAAGUAUACAUUAAGUAUACAUAAAGUAUACAUACUAGGAUACUAGAAGUAUACAUUAAGUAUACAUACACUGGUACUAAAAGUAUACAUAAAGUAUACAUACACUGGUACUAGAGGUAUACAUUAAGUAUGCAUACACUGGUACUAGAAAUAUACAUUAAGUAUACAUACACUGGUACUAGAAGUAUACAUUAAGUAUACAUACACUGGUACUAGAAGUAU